AUCACUCCUUGCUCGGCAGCAUUGCACAAGGAGUGGCAGCGGGUGCUUGCAGAGCUCGAAUGUUGCAGAGCUGCCAGCAGUAUAAUAACCCCGCCACAGCUGCGGCCAAGCCACAACAACCGGCAGCUACACACUUAAGUUGGCUGGGGCAUUGCCUGCUUAAAACAUAGAGUCAUUCAGUUUGCAGAUCCGUAAUAUUUGCCGGUGCCAUCAACUGCUGUAAAAGAAGAUACGACAAGGCUACGGGGGCAGUGGAGCUCUGCUAGAAGCCAUGAGAGAAUACAAAGUGGUGGUACUUGGAUCGGGUGGGGUAGGCAAAUCUGCACUGACUGUUCAAUUCGUAACUGGAUCUUUUAUUGAGAAAUAUGACCCAACAAUCGAAGAUUUCUAUCGGAAGGAGAUCGAAGUGGAUUCUUCACCGUCAGUCCUAGAAAUUUUGGACACUGCAGGAACAGAACAGUUCGCUUCUAUGCGAGACCUGUACAUUAAAAAUGGACAAGGCUUCAUUUUAGUUUACAGCCUAGUGAACCAGCAAAGCUUUCAGGACAUUAAGCCAAUGAGGGAUCAGAUAAUCAGGGUGAAAAGGUACGAAAAGGUGCCCAUGAUUUUAGUGGGCAACAAGGUAGAUUUAGAAGGGGAGCGAGAGGUUUCCUACGGGGAAGGCAAAGCCUUAGCAGAUGAAUGGAAUUGCCCGUUUAUGGAAACUUCUGCCAAAAAUAAAACAUCUGUAGACGAACUGUUUGCCGAGAUUGUACGGCAGAUGAACUAUGCCACUCAGCCUAACGGGGAUGACCAGUGUUGCUCGUGUGCCAUUCUUUAAAAAAUGGAAAACCUCAUCAAGUUUACAACGCGUUUAUCUCCUGUAAAAUUGGAAACUUAACUUUGCAUAAAAUAAAGAUCCGAGGUGUGGUGAUCUGUCGCCAAGGGGGUGGGCAAACUGCAACUCUAACGAAAUGUACGCGCCUGGACAGCGUGCUAUUCGGGGAGCACCUCCUGCAGUUCGGGUUGCAUCGGGCUAAGGAUUCGGCCCCAGCUUGAGAAAGCUUUGGAGCCGCGAUUGAAGGGGAACUUUAUUUCCGGCAGCAUUUUUAUCUUCCAAAGAAGAGCGCUCAUGCACCCAGGUGGGCGUUGCAAGAAGGAGGUGGAAGUUAUUUGGGUUUUUGGCAACCAUCUUUAAAAAAAUCAGUACUAUAUUCUUUUGUUUCUUUUUGACAUAUUAAACUACCUAUCAUCUGCUCUCACGGAUUCGGUGCUUUUAGUAUCUUGUCUUCAUUUGCAGGAUGCCGGAAGAGGGAACCGAACUGCGGAUUUACCUCGGACAUUGUUUUGUAUACUGUACACCUUGUGGGUUUGUACAGAAGUCUUGGGUUUCGAUGAUUUCUAUGCAAAGUUGGAACAGAGUAUGAAUGUUGCACACCUGAAGUGGACUAACACUGAUGCCAAUACAGUAUGGGAGAGCAGAGAGUAUUUUUUGCUGCUUGACGAAACUUAACAUGGUUUUAUUUUUGUUAACAUACUGUAUGAAGGGGUGUUGAAGAGACUGGUGUUUAAUUUUAUAUUUUAAUUUUUAGUCAUGAACUGUGAAAAGAUGUUACAAUAAACUGCACAAAGUCUUUGCUGGCAAUAACUUUUACAAAUGCUUUAAGACUUUUGUCAUGUGGUUAAAGCGUCUCUGAAGAAAGAUUUUUUGGGGGGAGGGGUGUCCCUACUGUCAUCGUAACAAGCCUUGUGUCUAGUGCCUUCACAACUCAGCUGUUAUAGCCACUGCCAACCUUUCGAAGUCUGCACAGAAAUCCCAUUAUCUAGGAGCCGACAAGCCACUUAACAGCUUCCUUUUGUAAUUGCACAGGGCAGUCUAGGACAAAAGAAUUCCUCAUUUCAAAAAAAAAUGUGGUUCUGUAAAUUUAGGCGCAAACCUAUUUUUCUUCAUUUAAGAUAUCCCCUCUUUUGUCCCUGUAAUUUAAUAUUCUACCUUUCUGUCAGCAAAGACUAAACAAAGACUUCAAUGUUGUUAUGUAUCAAACGCAAACUGUGCUUUUAAUUGCAAACUUGCGUUUUAACAUCUGUGUGCGUGUUUUAAAUGACAUUUAAUACAAUGACAUUUUUUUAAAGA